AUGAUCAUCUCAAUCAUAACAAUCCUCCCCCUCCUCCUCUCAGGAAUCACAAUCGCCAGGCCAGCAACCAUCCCCGCAGCACGACGAUUCCGCAGCGGCGGCCCAUCAUCCACCUACAAAAACUUCACGGCAUCAGACGCCUCGGCCUCAACAAAAGGUACAUACACCUUCACCAACUGGGCCGGCGCAUUUCUAGAUACAACCGACGUCACGGGAAUCACCGGCACAUUCACUGUUCCCACACCUUCAGCGCCCGCAGGCAGCGAUCCGGACACGAGUUACUGCGGUUGUGCCUGGGUUGGAUUGGAUGGAAUCUCCAACUUCUGUCCCAAGGGUGGACUGAUGCAGGCCGGUGUGAAUUGGUGUGUUGAGAAUGGUGUGUCAAGUUUUGUGGCAUGGUAUGAAUGGUGGCCUGCGGAGGCGCAGCAAUAUUGGGAUGAUAUUGAUGUUUCGGCUGGUGAUUCGAUUACGGUUACUAUUGCUGCGACUAGCAAGACUGGUGGAACUGCCAAUUUGGUUAACAACUCUAGCGGUCAAAGGGCUACGUUUACCUGGACGGAUGAGUCGCCGGCCCUGUGUGAGGUGAGUGCCGAGUGGAUCGUGGAGGAUUACUCUGUUGGUAAUGAGCUUGUGGCAUUUGCGGAUUAUGGUUCUGUUACUUUUACGGGGAAUAGUGCUCUUGUAGGGGGUGCGACGGCAGAUGAUCUUACUAGUGCUUACCUUGCUGAUAUGGUUUCUCAGUCGGAUAGUUCUGAUGUUAUCAGUGCAAGCUCUUUGAAGGUUAUUAGCCGAAGAGGUAGAUUUGAUGCCACGUGGAUUGGCGAUAGGUGGAUUGAGAAUUGGGCGGACAGGGCUAUGUAG